AUGGAGGCGGAGGCGGAGGCGGGAGGAGCGCGGGGAGCCCUGCGGGGCCCCGCCCCCGCCCCCGGGGAGCCGGGACCCGCAAACGUCUGUAAGGAAACAACUGUUCUGCGGGCGGGUUUCUUGUUGGCAGAGAAGCUGUUCAGUCCUAAGGCCUUGGCAGAACUGAAGAAGUCUGACUGGGAACAGGUUGGGCAACCAAUCAUCGAUUGCUUUAGGGAGCGCACCUUAGCCGUCACCCAUUCCCUCCCUGCCCGCAGCCGGUCUUGGAAGAAAAAGGCUCUGAUCGUCAUCUGGGCCAAGGUCCUUCAACCCACCCCUAUAACUCCCUUGGACAUCCAGGCUCGGCGGCUGGAGGAAAUCUUUGUGGAAGGGAGCCCAAUUCCCAGCGUCAAUCACGCUGUCCUGUUUGAGCUCCUCAAGACCCUAGAAGAGCCAGAGCUAUUUGUCGAGCUCCUGCUGGCGCUGCCAGCCGACGCCCAGCGAGCAGAACUGGAGCGCUUUGCGGAGCACGUGGCCGAAGACACGUCCUCGGAAGACGUGACCUUCUUCCUGGAUGUCUGGAGGGAAGUGAUGAGGGAGAGAAGAGAACAAGAAGACAACCUGGCCUUGCAGUUCGGGUCACUGGUUGAGUCGUAUCUGUCAUCUUCUGAUGAUUCGAUGCCCCCGCCCAAGAGGUUCAAGGCUGACCCAGAUGCCUGCCUAGCCCUUCCCCUUCUAGCCAUGCUGGUGGAAGGGCUGAACAAGAUCCAAAGCGGCAUCACAUCGCCUGAGCUGAGGUGUUACGCCCUGGCCAACUUGGCCGACACGUUGACCGCGUUUGCCCCGACGCGGGCGGACAGUUGGCCGUUGUCACCUGUGCUGUAUCUGGACAAGAUGGCCACGGUCAUCAACAUUUGGAACUCGGACCGCCAGAACCGUCACCGCCAGCGGGGCCUGGCCGAGAAGGUGAAAGAGGCCGAGAGAGACGUCAGUCUGACCGCGGUAGACGAGCCGCCCAGGGAGAAUCUCUUGGUGGGCUGGGGUUUCCUGAACAGCUUGCUCAAACAGUGGGGGAAGGAGUUGCAGGCCUCGCUUAGCGGAAGCCAGGGACUGCAUUAUGGGAUCUUCUGGCUGGGAGACAGCUUGGGGUCUUUGAACUGGAGCCUAGGGCAAUUUCUGAAAUCUAGCGGUCUGGGCAGGGCUGAGAGGCAGGUGGCCUCCAGCCUUGAGGAGAGCAUCCAGGACUUCUUGGAGAAAGCCCAUUCGGAACCAAGAUGCCAGGGCUCGGAGGAGGGCCUCAGAGCUGCAGUCGCCAUGGCAAUCAUCGAGCAGAAGAUGGACCGGCACAAAGAAAUGUGCCACCUCUUUGCUUCCGAGCGGAAGUGGGCCUUCUCGGGGGAGUGGAUAGACUGUCUGGUUCAAAACGGAGCUCUGUUCCACGAUCCAGAUUUGGUGUCGAAACUGUUGGAAACCACCGCAGCAACCGUUGGCGUGACCGACGGGAAGAUUCCCGAGUCUCAGGUUGAAGUGGUGACCACUGUGAUCUUAGACUGUUACACUGAGCUCUCUCUGCCAGAUAAAAAUAAAGUGCUCUCGGGCGUCCUGACUUCCUGGGGGAGGCAGGGUCUCUCCAAGCACCUCGGGUCGUACAAGGGAGGCUUGCAGAAAGAACUGAAUAGAGCUUUCACUCAUAUCAAACUUAUUGUCUCCCAGAAGAACCUAGCUAAAGCCAUUUCCUCCGUAGCCCGGCUGGCCGUGCUUCAUCCGGAAGCCGCCCUGAAGACACUCUGUAGGCUUGCCGUGUUCAGCCUAGGUACUCACAAGUUUCUGGCCCAGAUUCUGGGUGCCUUUCCCUCCCUCAGGUUCACUGAGGUGCCAGACUCCAAUCCUGGCAAUUCUCUGCUGGUGGAAUGUCUUAAAGACAGUGUGUGGGGGAAGCUUUUUUCAACCAAAGAGGAGGACCAGUUCCUGGCGUUCCUAGGCUGCCUGAUGAAAUCCCUCUCAGAGCCAGCAGACAGCACCGCGGCACCUCUGCUCAGUCCCAAAGAGGUGAUCGGGGUGUUUGUGGCCCCUUAUCUGGUGGCAAACUUCGUGCAAGUGGAGCUGAGUCUGAAGAUCCUCAGGCAGGUGCUAGCAGCCAGUCGCGAUGCAUGCUGGCUUGAGUCCGGCUUCUCCUUUCCCCUUCUGUUCACCUUGUGCCAGCUGCUGGACAGCUACACCAGGUUCUGGGAGCAGACGGAGACCAAGCGGCACCUCUCUCUGGACUCCAAAGACCUGGUCGUCCACAACCUGGAGACGCUGGCUGGGCUCCUGCUGGCCAAGGACGAGCCCUCCUGCCCGGAGACCUGGACUAAGUCCCUGUCCUGGCUCCAGCGGAAGGUAGCCCGCCUGGACUGGACGGUCGGCCUGAGGCUGCGCGAGAUCUUUGGGGGCCACUUCAAGUGCGAGGUGCCGGCCACCCUCUUCGAAACCUGCCGGCUCCCGGAGGAGGAGUGGACCUCCCGGCCCCUCCCGGCCUACGGCCCGGGCACCGGGCUGCUGGCCUGGAUGGAGUGCUGCUGCGCCUCCGCGGCCUCCCGCCAGCUGAUGCUCGUCCUCCUGGCCGUCAGCGCAGACAGCCCCGACGAGGUCAACUUCUUCAGCAAGGGCUUCCUGGUGGCCUUGGUGCAGGUCCUGCCCUGGUGCAGCCCCGGCGAGUGGGCGUCCCUUCAGCGAGUGACCAGGAGCCUGCUGGAGAGGCAGCUCCUGCACGUCCCGUACAGCCUGGAGUACGUCCGCUUUAUGCCGCUGCUCAACCUGAAGCCCUUCGCCCAGGACCUCCAGAUGUCGGUGCUCUUCCUGAGGAGUUUCCAGUUCCUCUGCAGCGCCAGCUGCGCCUCCUGGCUCCCCCCAGACGGGUGGCACCACGUCGUCAGGCUGACGGGCACCGGCCUGAACGGCCUGCUGGAGUCGGUCAAGCGACGGUUGGCCUGCCCCCCGAGCCCGGGGCAGGAAGGUGGCCUGGCGCAGGAAGCCCUGUUUGUGUACAUCCAGAUGUUCUGCCACGUCCUUCACAUCAUGGCCAUGUUGCCCCCGGGGGUCGGCGAUCCGCUCUUCGUGCUGGUCCUGGAGCUCCUCUCCUCGUAUGAAGCCCUGAGCAAGGCCGAUGGCUCAGGCAGCUCCUUGCUCCGGAGAGCAAACGAACGUCACUUCCUGCUGUCGAUUGCCGAAAACAUUGGUCCCGAGGAGCAGCGCAAGACGCUGCUGCAGAAGAUAAGCAACUUCUGAGCCCCCCAGGAGGGAGGGGAAACAUUGGCAAUGGGACAACUGUGAGAGUUACCGCAGCGGGGCUUAUCUUUGAUAUGAACUAGAUGAGACUCCUGAGUGCCACACGCCAUGCGGACAGUUUGUGAAAAUCAGGGAGAAGUUUGUUAGGUAUUUGUAAUAAGAACUGAAUAAACUGCCUUUCCAACCG